UCAUCUGCCUCUUUCUUGUAGGCUAUAUUUCGGGGGGCUGUCAAAGAAAUGUGGGCGACGCUUAAGUAGGAAGGUCGCAACCGUCAUCUCCACAUCAAUAAUUAAGUAUUCCCAAUUCGAAGCCUUCUCGUACGCUGGAAUUGUUCCAUCAAUAUAACUCUUAUCCAUCCCAAUCGUUUCAUGAUGCCGUCGAUACCACAGUCUGAUGCAGAAUGGGCGGCAUUGAUCUCAAAUGUCGAGUCAUCAGUCGAGGUAUCGGAGGACCAAUGUGCCUUGCCAUCGCUUGACCAACAGCUGGCUCAAUACUUUGACCACACGUUGCUCAAGUUGGACGCAACAGAAGAAGGAAUUGAGAAGUUAUGUACGGAGGCGAAAGAGCAUGGAUUCAAGACGGUAUGUGUUCGCGUCAAUUGGGUCCCCAAAUGCAAAGAGCUCCUCACCGGAACGGACAUUGGCGUAGCAUGCGUGAUUGACUUUCACGAGGGGACGAGUACACUGCAAGAGAAAUCCGAGGAAACGAAACUGGCUGUUGCACAUGGUGCCUCCGAACUCGAUCUCGUCCUUCCCCGUCAAUUCCUCACAGGAGAUGCGGAACAAUAUGUCACGCUCUACGACCACCUGAACACCAUCCGCACACUUGCCCCGUCUCCCACCGUGCUCAAAAUCAUCCUCGAAACGUCUCAACUGUCACGUAGCCAGAUCAUCGCCGCAUGUACGAUCGCGGGGUUCGCCUCCUUCGACUUCGUCAAGACGUCCACAGGCUUCUGCGGUCGUGGGGCGAGUGUCGAUGACGUGCGGCUGAUGCGGGCUUGCUCCGCGACGCUCGAAUCGCAGGGGUUUGGAUGCAAGAAGAUGGCCGUGAAGGCGAGCGGGGGGAUCAGGACGCUGAAGGACACGAUCGAGAUGAUCGCGGCUGGGGCGACGAGACUGGGUGCGAGCGCUGGGGUGGGAGUUAUGGAGGAGGUGAACGGAAGGGAGUCGAAAGGAGGUAAUGCGGUUGCUGGUGGGUAUUGAGCAAGUUGAUUCUGUAUAUUACAAGAUAUCUUCAUAUUAAAUACUCCGCGGUCGAGCAUCGGGACGUUGGAACCGAACUCUAAACGCCCAAUCAUAGGGAAAUAGUGCCCUAAUCUGCUUCUGCUUCCGAAGCAUCCCUUAUCCAACGCUCGUAUAGAUGAUG